AAACCCUCUAUUUAUGACUGCAAGGCGCUAGGGUUGGAUUUAACAGCCGCAGACGCGGAGUGAGGAAGCUCGAAGUGGUAGGAACGAACGCAAGAGCAGCAACAAUGGUGGAGAAGACAAGCAAAGGAAGGCAAGAAGAGGUUGUUACUCGCGAGUACACAAUCAACCUCCACAAGCGCUUACAUGGCUGUACAUUCAAAAAGAAGGCACCUAAAGCAAUUAAGGAGAUCAGAAAGUUUGCUCAAAAGGCUAUGGGGACUACCGAUGUUAGAGUUGAUGUGAAACUCAACAAACAGGUAUGGAGCCGUGGUAUUCGCAGUGUGCCAAGGAGAGUUCGUGUUCGCAUUGCACGAAAGAGAAAUGAUGAGGAAGAUGCAAAGGAGGAGUUUUACUCCCUAGUUACUGUUGCUGAGAUCCCUCCUGAAGGAUUAAGAGGGUUGGGAACCAAGGUUAUUGAUGAAGAGGAUUGAAAUAGUGUUACCGCCUAGUUAUGGAACCGGAAUUUUUGGUUAUAAUUUCUUUAAUUUAGUGAAUUUUGUUUCAUUAUGGAUUCUCGAAACAACAUCCAGUAUGUUAAACUAUCUUGAACUUAUUGUGAUUAUGAUCUCUUUUACUUCAUGUGAUGAAAACGUGGCAGUAUCGUUUGUGAGAAA